AUGGCAAAGGAUUACUACAAGAUAUUAGGCAUCUGUAAGACGGCGUCGGAUGAGGACAUCCGGAAGGCGUACAAGCGUUUGGCGCUUCAAUGGCAUCCCGACAAGAAUAAGGCCAAAGGCGCUGAAGACAUGUUCAAAGACAUCGCCGAAGCCUAUGAAGUGCUGUCCGACCGCAAGAAGAGAGACAUUUACGACCAGUUCGGCGAAGAGGGCCUCAAAGGCGAGGCAUCGGGCGGUGGGGGCGGCGGUGGCGGUGGUGGUGGGGGUCACAGCGGCCCGCAUUACUCGUACACAUUUCAUGGCGACCCCCGACACACGUUCAGCCAAUUCUUUGGAACCGAUAAUCCAUUUGAGAUGUUCUUCAAUAUGGGAGGACUCGGGGGUCAGAGCGGGGGUCAGAGCGGAGGCGCAAACACUCACUUCCAGACCAGCGGUGGCUUCGAUGCGAUGGAUGUCGACAGCGAUAAUGUCUUCAAUUUCAUGUCAUCCGGAGGACAGUCGGGUCCGCGACAGCAGUUCUCGAGCGAGUCGUUGGGCGGCUCUGCGCGCAAGAGUCGGGCCAAACAAGACCCGCCUAUUGAGCACCAGUUGAUGGUGUCGUUAGAAGAGGUGCUGAAGGGCUGUACGAAGAAAAUGAAAAUAACUCGAAAGGUGUUGAACAGUGACGGCAGGAGUGGUCGCAAAGAAGACAAAGUGUUGACCAUUAAUGUGAAGCCCGGAUGGAAAGCCGGCACUAAGAUUACGUUCCAACGCGAGGGCGACCAGAACUCGGGAUCCAUUCCCGCAGACAUUGUUUUCGUCAUUAAAGACAAACCGCAUCCGCAGUUCAAGAGAGAGGGCACAGACAUGACAUAUACACACAAAUUGUCACUUAAAGAGGCUCUCUGUGGCGCUCACAUCACUGUUCCCACACUUACCGGUGAAAAGGUGUCGUUCCGUAUGACAGAAGUAGUCAAACCAUCAACUAUUCACCGAAUCCGCGGUCACGGACUUCCUCUUCCCAAAGAACCUCAACGAAGAGGUGAUCUGUUAAUUCAUUUUGAGAUCAAAUUCCCAGAAGUUUUAUCGGAGUCUACAAAACAAAUACUGAGAGAUAUAUUGCCGUAA